GGCAGUAGAGCGCCAGGCGUGGAAGGUUGUACCGGGAGCUGUGAGUGAUCGCUACGGGGUGACACCCUCAUUCAUCACGACAGCCUGGACGGAGAGAAGGACCUAUCGUGUGUGUCGCGCACUUCUACCUAUGGUUGGAUUGUAUUUUGCGCCAAGGGAGUAGCUGGGAAAGUAUCGUAGGCACAGUGCUCCCUGCACAGCCUCCUCCCCUCCAUGCAGCAACAGGCAUCUUGGCUCUGACAAGCACGUCCAGCCCAGGGUGACAGUGAUCGGGGCUCGGUGGAUGUACCCCCUGGUGAUUUGGCUUGGAGUAGUAUGACACGCCUCAUGUCCCAUGCUUAAUCCCCGGAUCCUCCGCAGCUCUGCUUUACAUGGGAUUGUGCCUGGAUCCUGCUCGCAGCUAGAUUUUCAGAUGCAUGCCAAGUUCCCUUUGAAUGCCAGAAGUCGAGAUCACUACAGAUGGAGCUACAAAGUCAACAUGGCACUAGCGGUUCAUUAGUUGUCAUCCAGCAGCCUUCUUUAGACAGCAGGCAGCGGCUGGAGUAUGAACGGGAGGUUCAACCAGCCACUAUCUUGUCUCUGGACCAGAUCAAAGCUCUUCGGAGCAGGAACGAGUACACAGAGGGCCCAUCCAUGGUGAGGAAACAUGGGCCCAAAACUGCUCCACGGUACAGUAAACAGGAGAGGACUCAUGAAAUCAUACCAGUCAAUGUGAAUAAUAACAAUGAGCACAGACUCCCUCACUUGGCUCCCACGGGACAUGUGUACAUGGCAAGGGCUCCUGUGCUCAGUAGGUCGACUAGCACGGGAAGUGCAGCAAGUUCUGGAAGCACAAAUAGUGCCUCUUCUGAACAAGAACUUUUGGGACAAUCUCCACCUACCAGACACAGCUCUGGCCACAGGACGGACAGGGUAGUUCGAAUGCAACCUAAAGCAUCUGCUUUGGUAGUAGAUGACUUAAAGAGCUCUUUAAAAGUGGACUCAACGCAGCACCGGUUUAUUUGUGAACAGUGUGGGAAGUGCAAAUGUACAGACUGCACAGCUCCAAGGACCCUACCGUCAUGCUUGGCUUGCAAUCGUCAAUGUCUUUGCUCUGCUGAGAGCAUGGUGGAAUACAGCACUUGUAUGUGUCUGGUCAAAGCAGCUUUCUACCACUGCUCCAAUGACGAUGAGGGCGACUCGUAUGCGGAUAACCCUUGUUCUUGCACCCAAUCACACUGCUGCUCUAGAUACUUAUGCAUGGGACUGAUGUCCUUGUUCUUACCAUGCUUACUCUGCUACCCUCCUGCCAAGGGAUGCCUGAAACUGUGCCGUGGUUGUUACGACAGAGUCAAUCGCCCAGGUUGCCGGUGUAAGAACUCAAAUACUGUAUAUUGCAAACUGGAUGAUGUUUCGCGAGGUCAGGGCAAGCCCUCCUGACUUUAAACGGAGGGAUUUUUCUGGACAACUUAUGGAUCCAUUUGCUGUGUAGGCUCUGCGUAUAUACAUAUGUUUUCAUGAGUACAUCCAUUAUUUCUUUCAAUGUUCUCCUUUGCCAGAUUUCCACAGUAAUUGGCUUAAAUAAGUUGUUGGCUUAAGCAUGUGCACAUUAACAUCAUGUUUUGUCUUGAGGAACAAUGAUAAUUCUUCAGUCCUUUUUACAUGUCUAUUGGAUAGUUUUAGAAAUCACAAAAAGGGGUAGUCUACUUAAUAUCUUCUUUGACAAUAGUAAAGACGUAUAACCCUAUUGUUCAUUUAUGCACCUCUAAGAAAGCAAGUUAGGCAUUCCCUGCAAGUUGCCUUUACGUUCCUGUUCACGGUAUACUUUUUAUUCAGUAUGCCAGUGUGCAGCAUGUGUAAUCUGCGUUAACUCCCACCACUUCUUUCGUGUUUAUGCAUUGGCAUCAGACGCUCUUGUCUAUGUUGAAGGACAUCUAUUUAAAUCCAACCCAUUCUCCAAUGUCUCUUAUCUUCUUCCUGUUACUAAUGUGUUAUUUUCAGGUUCCAGAAAAUUAAGUAGCCUUAACGAAAUAAGCUCUUUCCUCCAGGGAUCUGAGAUUUUGUGCUUCCUGGCGGUGACCUGUUUUCCUGUGUUUUUUUUUUUUUUUUUAAAUGUCUUGUGUUUUUGUUGCCUUAGCCACAGCCUGGCUUUUUGUAUAUUUUAUGUAUAAAUCACAAAAAUGAAUAUUGCUUAUUUUUUAAGACAAAAGUCUGUUAAAAACUUUUUUAUUGUAAAGAAUAUUUAUUAUGUGAAUCUAUUAUUUUAUUAUAUUUAUUUCAAAGGACUGUUGAAAAAAAAUGAUGUCUGAAUAUAACAAAAUAUCAAUACUUACUGAUAAAAUAAGGGUGACACAAAAGAAAAUACCUAUGUUAACUAUAAUGCAGAAAAUAUAAUUAUUAAUGAAUAUGUGUCUGCUAUUUCUUUAUUUUGUCAGAAGUCAAUAUCCACACCAUUAUGGUCUGUUCCACUCUGUAGCAUAUAUUUCAGAAUGAUUUUUUUUUAUUUAAUUAAAUGUACUUUU